AUGAUUGAGAACAACUUUAUAAUAGGAAACAUAAAGAGAAUUAGGAAUUUUGAUUUUUCUAUUCAUUAUCAAUGGGGUACUUAAUAUUUUGUAAGUAGACAUCUAUUGUCAUAGCUAAAUGAAAUAAACUCAUCUUUGCUUAUUGUCUUAUUUCAAUCUUUUUGUAUAAAAAGUUAAAAGUUAAAUCAUCAUUCUCUGGAACAUAAUAAUGUUGAAUAUCAAUAACUAGAACAUACAUAGGUAAUUUUUUAACAAAAGAUCAGGCUCCCUAGUGAAUAAAACAUAAUGGUGAGAUAUUUUGGAUACUUAAGACCAUUUCAUAGUUGCAGCCUUGCAAAUUUCCAAAAGCUUCAUAAGUACUGA